CAGCCCUUCCCGAAGGCGGCGGAGAGCUUCGCUCUCUCUCCACCAGGGGCUGGCUGGAGGCGGAGGCCCUCGGAAGUUUUGCACGCACUCCCGCAUCGCCCUCCUCUUUUGUCCAUCCCUGGCUGGGGAAGAAAAGGAACCCAGGGCAGAUGUUGGCCGCUGUGCGGAGCUGCCGGGGCUGCCGUGCGUGCGGCGCCGAGCCGCCUCUGGUCGCGGUCUCCGCUCUUGGCCCCAAGUGAUGGGACCCGGGGCUGCUCCUCCUCCCGCCCAGCCGCUUCUUUCUGCCUUGCGCUCGGCCAGCAGCAGUACGAGCAAGCCCUCGCCUGGAGCAGCAGCAAACACCGCUGCCGGUCCGUCUGCGCCUCUCUCCGCCUGAGUUCUCCGCGCGCCGCGGCAUCAGCCGUAGCACUUGCUCCACUUCGCCCCUUUCUGGAGGAGCCGGGCCGAGCGGGCCGCUUUUGUUUCUGGCUCUCCGUCGGAUGGUCCCGCGCCGGGGCCGGAGAGCGCCCUUUGGGAUCCCCGGGGCAAAAGGAAAACCGAGCCUGGAUCUCCCCGGUCCUGACAAUAGGGCUGUCGGCAAAGAGCGAAGGCGACCCUCUCCCAUCCGUCCGACUGCUGGAGGAUUUCGGAGCCGCCGCUGAUCAUUCAGCUUCUUGUGGAUUUACAAAUUGGGGAAGCGUUGGAGGCUUUUUGGAGAAAGUCCUCCCCCUCCUCCACCAGCCCUCCCUUUUGGCAUGAGACUAUCGACAGGCUCCACCUGGAGACAAUGAUCGCGGAGUUUGCUCACUUCUAUCUCUUUGGAUUAGUAUGUCUCUCGUCAGGUUCGCGUCUUCGCCAAGAGGAUUUCCCCCCAAAGAUUGUUGAACAUCCUUCGGAUCUAAUUGUGUCUAAAGGUGAACCAGCAACUUUGAACUGUAAGGCUGAGGGCAGGCCUGCACCAACUAUUGAAUGGUAUAAAGGAGGAGAAAGGGUUGAAACUGACAAAGAUGAUCCUCGCUCUAAUAGGAUGUUGCUGCCAAGUGGAUCUUUAUUUUUCUUACGUAUAGUUCAUGGUCGCAAGAGUAGACCUGAUGAAGGAGUCUAUGUCUGUGUAGCAAGGAAUUACCUUGGUGAAGCUGUGAGCCAUAAUGCAUCGUUGGAAGUAGCAAUACUACGUGAUGACUUCAGACAAAACCCUGCAGAUGUCAUGGUAGCUGUAAGUGAGCCAGCUGUAAUGGAAUGCCAACCUCCAAGAGGCCAUCCUGAGCCUACAAUAUCAUGGAAAAAGGAUGGAUCUCCUCUGGAUGACAAAGAUGAAAGAAUUACUAUUAGAGGAGGAAAACUGAUGAUCACCUAUACUAGGAAGAGUGAUGCCGGCAAAUAUGUGUGUGUUGGAACAAACAUGGUGGGAGAAAGGGAAAGUGAAGUGGCAGAGCUUACAGUUUUAGAAAGACCUUCAUUUGUGAAGAGGCCAAGUAAUUUAGCAGUAAUUGUGGAUGACAGUGCAGAGUUUAAGUGUGAAGCACGUGGUGAUCCAGUUCCUACAGUAAGAUGGCGAAAGGAUGAUGGAGAAUUGCCUAAAGCAAGAUAUGAAAUCCGUGAUGAUCACACCUUGAAAAUCCGAAAAGUUAUGGCAGGAGACAUGGGAUCUUAUACUUGUGUUGCAGAAAAUAUGGUUGGAAAAGCAGAAGCAUCAGCAACUCUAACAGUUCAAGUUGUAUCUGAGCCACCACAUUUUGUUGUGAAACCUCGUGACCAGGUGGCUGCGUUAGGCAGAACAGUGACUUUCCCGUGUGAAGCAACAGGGAACCCUCAACCAGCAAUAUUUUGGCGAAGAGAAGGAAGUCAGAACCUGCUAUUUUCAUACCAGCCUCCUCAAUCUUCUAGCCGUUUUUCUGUCUCACAAACUGGUGAUCUCACUAUUACAAGUGUACAGCGAUCCGACGUUGGAUAUUAUAUCUGCCAAACCUUAAAUGUAGCAGGAAGCAUCACAACAAAAGCCUAUUUGGAGGUUACUGAUGUAAUUGCAGACCGACCUCCUCCUGUCAUUCGACAGGGCCCUGUGAAUCAAACAGUAGCUGUGGAUGGUACUUUAGUACUGAGCUGUGUGGCUGCAGGUACUUUAAUGCCCACCAUAAUCUGGAGAAAAGAUGGCAUUCUUCUUUCCACACAAGACUCCCGGAUCAAGCAGCUAGAGACUGGCACACUACAGAUUCGAUAUGCCAAGCUGGGUGAUACUGGUCGGUAUACAUGCAUUGCUUCAACCCCAAGUGGUGAAGCAUCGUGGAGCGCAUACAUUGAGGUUCAAGAAUUUGGAGUGCCUGUACAGCCACCAAGAUCUACUGACCCUAACCUGAUUCCAAGUGCACCAUCAAAACCAGAGAUUAUUGAUGUCAGCAGAAACACAGUAACAUUGUCGUGGCAGCCUAACUUGAAUUUAGGUGCAACUCCAACCUCUUAUAUAAUAGAGGCCUUCAGCCACGCUGCUGGCAGUAGCUGGCAAACUGUAGCAGAAAAUGUGAAAACAGAAACAUUUGCUGUUAAAGGGCUGAAACCAAACGCAAUUUAUCUCUUCCUUGUACGGGCAGCAAAUGCAUAUGGAAUUAGUGAUCCCAGUCAGAUAUCGGAUCCAGUGAAAACUCAAGAUGUUCCCCCUACAAGUCAGGGUGUAGAUCACAAGCAAGUACAGAGAGAACUGGGUGAUGUUGUCCUACAUCUUCAUAAUCCCACCAUCCUUUCUUCUUCCUCGAUUGAAGUUCAUUGGACAGUUGACCAGCAGUCCCAGUAUAUACAAGGGUAUAAAAUUCUGUAUAGGCCAGCAACUAUUUCUAAUGGAGAAUCUGACUGGUUGAUUUUUGAUGUGAGGACCCCAACGAAAAACAGUGUUGUCAUUCCUGAACUGAAAAAAGGUGUAAACUAUGAAAUUAAGGCUCGGCCUUUUUUUAAUGAGUUUCAAGGAGCUGAUAGUGAGGUGAAAUUUGCCAAAACACUGGAAGAAGCUCCAAGUGCUCCUCCUCAAAGUGUUUCAGUAAGCAAGAGUGAUGGAAAUGGCACUGCAAUUGUCAUAACUUGGCAGCCUCCUCCAGAGGAUACACAGAAUGGAAUGGUCCAGGAGUACAAGGUCUGGUGCCUUGGCAAUGAAAGUCGGUACCAUAUGAAUAAGACAGUGGAUGGUUCAACUUUUUCUGUAGUAAUCCCAUCUCUAAUUCCUGGUAUUCGGUAUAGUGUUGAAGUGGCAGCAAGUACUGGAGCUGGUUUUGGAGUAAAAAGUGAUCCACAGUUUAUUCAAUUAGAUUCUCAUGGGAACCCUGUGUCACCAGAAGAUCAAGUCAGUUUAGCCCAGCAAAUUUCAGAUGUUGUAAAACAGCCAGCAUUCAUUGCUGGAAUUGGUGCUGCCUGUUGGAUUAUCCUAAUGGUUUUCAGCAUUUGGUUGUACCGCCACCGAAAGAAACGAAAUGGACUCGCUAAUACUUAUGCUGGUAUUAGAAAAGUCCCGUCUUUUACCUUCACACCAACAGUUACAUAUCAAAGGGGAGGAGAAGCCGUUAGCAGCGGAGGAAGGCCAGGUCUUUUAAACAUCAAUGAACCUGCCUCUCAGCCAUGGCUUGCAGACACGUGGCCUAACACUGGGAACAAUCACAAUGACUGCUCUAUCAACUGCUGUACAUCAGGCAAUGGAAACAGUGAUAGCAACCUUACCACAUACAGUCGACCAGCUGAUUGUAUAGCAAAUUACAACAAUCAGCUGGAGAACAAGCAGACAAACCUAAUGCUGCCUGAGUCAACAGUGUAUGGAGAUGUGGAUCUAAGCAAUAAGAUCAAUGAGAUGAAAACUUUCAAUAGCCCUAAUUUAAAAGAUGGAAGAUUUGUCAGCCAACCAGGGCAGCCUACGCCUUAUGCCACCACGCAACUCAUCCAGUCAAACAUCAGCAAUGUUAACAGCAAUGUUAACAGUGGCAGUGGAGAUUUGAAUGAAAAGCACUGGAAACCUUCUGGACAACAGAAGCAAGAGGUUGCACCAGUUCAGUACAAUAUUAUGGAGCAAAACAAAUUAAACAAAGAUUAUCGAGUUAGUGAUAAUGCUCCAACUAUUCCAUACAACCAGUCAUACGACCAGAAUACAGGAGGAUCCUACAACAGUUCAGAUAGAGGAAGCAACACAUCUGGGAGCCAAGGGCACAAGAAGGGUGCUCGAACACCCAAAGCUUCAAAGCAGUCUGGCAUGAAUUGGACAGAACUACUUCCUCCACCUCCUGUACAUCCUCCUCCCCAUAGUAGUAGUGAAGAUUAUAGUAUUUCAGUGAAUGAAAGUUCUCAUUUUUCUAAAACUAAUUUUAGCUAUGACCAGGAAAUCCCAUGCCCAGUACCACCAGCCAGAAUGUAUCUACAACAGGAUGAUCUAGAGGAAGAGGAAGAGGAUGAACGAGGUCCCACACCACCAGUUCGAGGCGCAGCUUCAUCUCCAGCAGCUGUGUCCUAUAGCCAUCAGUCUACUGCCACACUAACUCCUUCACCACAAGAAGAACUCCAUCCUAUGUUGCAGGAAUGCUCAGAAGAAAUAAAUCACUUGCAACACCCACCAGAUCGGAGGCGUCAGCCAGUGAGUCCUCCUCCACCUCCAAGGCCUAUCUCUCCACCACAUACCUACGGUUAUAUUGCAGGACCUCUUCUAUCAGAUAUGGACACAGAUGCACCAGAGGAAGAAGAGGAUGAAGCAGACCUAGAAGUUGCCAAGAUGCAAAGUAGAAGACUCCUGUUUCGUGGCCUUGAGCAGACACCUGCUUCAAGUGUAGGAGAUCUGGAAAGCUCUGUAACAGGUUCCAUGAUUAAUGGCUGGGGAUCAGCCUCAGAAGAUGACAACAUAUCUAGUGGACAGUCUAGUGUUAGCUCAUCUGAUGGAUCCUUUUUUACAGACGCAGAUUUUGCACAGGCUGUUGCAGCAGCAGCAGAAUAUGCUGGUCUUAAAGUAGCAAGGCAUCAAAAUCAAGAUGCUGUAGGAGGACGUAGACUUUAUCAUGCCUCACACUGCCCUAGACCCACUAGUCCUGUAUCUACUGACAGCAAUAUGAGUGCUGCUGUAAUACAGAAGGUUCGACCUGCCAAAAAGCAAAAGCACCAGCAAGGACAUCUGCGCAGAGAAGUCUACACAGAUGACCUGCCACCCCCUCCUGUACCGCCUCCUGCUAUAAAAUCUCCCACUGCCCAAUCCAAAUCUCAAAUGGAGGUUCGACCUGUUAUGUUGCCAAAGCUCUCUUCUAUAGAACCAAGAACAGAAAGAAUAGCGGAAAGAAAAGGAACAAGCUAUAAAGGGAAAGAAGGUUCUGAUGGCCGCCAGCAUUCUGAUGUGCGGACAAGUUCAGGGGAGCGUCGGGAAUCACAGGAACAGCAAAGUGAUAGCAAACUACGAGGAAACAAAGUAGCAAGGCGAGAUGGCACACCAGCAAAAACACAUCUUCUUCAAGAGGAUAUUCUGCCAUAUUGUAGACCUACAUUUCCAACAUCAAACAACAUUAGAGAUCCCAGUUCCUCAAGCUCCAUGUCAUCAAGAGGAUCAGGAGGUAGACCAAGGGUAGAACAAGCAAAUCUAAGUCGAAGAAAUGUUGCAGAGAUGCAAGUAUUUAGAACAUAUGAGAGAGGUGAGGAUGAUGAUGAUGAAGAAGAAGAAGAAGAAGAAGAAUUACAGGAAACUGAAAGCUGAAGAAGAGAUGUACUGUUCCACAUUUUUUAAAAAUCUGAUCAAAAAGAUAUCACUUAAGAUGCCUCAAGUCUGAUAUUUGAUGCCAGAAAUAAUAUUCAGUGCAAUCAGAGUGUACAAUUUCUUGUCUUUUUUUUGAUGCCAGCAGAAUGCUAAUCUCUAUUUUAAUGUUUCUUUUAAAAAACGCAUCAUAAUGAACAUUGCCUGUUUAUUCCCUUGGGCUAAAUAUACCACAUUUUCUCUGGCCAAGAGGGCAAUUAAAUACCUUUUUUGUGAUGCUAAGCUAGUUGCUAUUUCCAAUUUUGGGCAGUAGGAGGAGUUCUAGUUUGCUCUUACUGAAGCAGUGCAGAAUAACACAUCUGUGCCACCCAACUGGUUCAUAAACCUCUUUAUAGAUUACCACUGAUUACACAAUAGCAAGUUGCAAAGAAUGAUAUCUAUGCAAAGGGUUUUCAAACCUUACAUUGUUGUUAUAGGCUGCAUUUGUUUCACUGCAUUGCAUUUUCUUCCAGCAUUCAGAGCCCUUUGCAGCAAAAAUUACUGUUUCAUAUAAUUUAGGUUACAUGGUUCACACAUAUUCAUUUUUCAAACCCUUAUAGAACUUUAAUUUGCAUAUACAUUAUCCCUUUAAGCGUAAAGGUACUGGAGAAGUCUUUUAAGGAUAGGAAAAAGGCAUGCCAAUGAGAACUUGGCAGUUAUAAUUGAGUUAGGUUUAUCAGUUACUUGAACAAUCGUUGGUCUUAACCAGUUCUUCUGGAAACACAAAGCAAUGGACAUUAUUAAGCAUCUCUGAGAAAGGACAUCUUCAUAAUGACUGGCCCAAAUUUCAGACCUCUGCUUUAUAGUGUCAAUUCACCUUAAAGAAGUGCCACUUAAAGAAGUUAUGUUUGAUUUGAGGGGAGGGGGGUUAUUGGUGUUUUUGUUUUGUUUUUUGUAAUGCACUGUUUAUCUUUUUUGUUUUUUGGUUUUAAAAGCACAAUCACUAAACUUUAUUUGUAAAACAUUGUAACUAUUAACCGUUUUUGUCUUAUUGUAAAAUGUUAAGCUUUUGUUUGUGUUUUUCUUAUUUUUGUUAAUGCUCUAUGUUUGUACUGGGAGUAUUUGAAUGCUGACAGAUGGUGAAGGUAGCAAACCUAAGAAUGGACUAUAAACAGAGCAUUAUCCCCAUUUCCAGGAUUUGGACACUGACGUUUCCUGUGGCCUAGCUUGACAUUGGAUUUCCACUAAAACUGAAAUAGAGCCAUUAGUUCCUAUGAAAUUACAGAAUGAUGUCCUCUGUCUGUAGAUUUUUUAUGAUCUCUUUUGUAAUUAUAAAAUUUCUUUGUCAUUGGUGCUAAUGGAAAAUUGUGUGUUUGUUUAUGGACAAUUAUCAGGCCUAGCCUCAGUGGGGAGGGGGAGGAAAGGAGUGUUUUGGUAUUUACUGAGGGCUAAACAUUUUCAUUUAGGUAAUUUUUAAGAAAUGGUUACAAUAGAGAGGAUGUGCAGUACUGAGGGAACAAUCCAUGUGAUUAAUGUUUUUCAUUAUGUUCAUGUAAGAAACCUCAUAUUUUAGCCAUAAUUUUGCAUACCGAGGAUUCAAUAAUCAUAAAAGUAAUUUUUGUCACAUUAUUUAUUAAAAAUGUUCUCAAAUACA